AUGACUUUACAGAGUCCCCAAAGCAAAUCAGGCACAGACCCUAUCGACCCUGAGUCAACGUCGUCUGAUGACUUGUUGGCGACGAGUAUGAGUCAGCUUUCCAUAUCCUCAGAUCUUGCCAAACGUUUGUUAAGAAACGGAUUCCUCCCGGAUGGCUAUGAUAGCAUCAACAAAACUGAGGCUCUGGUAUGGGCAGUCGAGCGGAAGAAUACGGAGCUAGUGCGGGAGCUUAUCAGCCAUGGAGCCGAUGUGAACCUGCCAGCUGAGGAUGGCUGGACCUGCCUGAAUCUUGCUGCCGGCAAUUUCGAUCCUGAGACUUUGCAUGUUCUGCUUAGAAAUGGUGCGGAUGUGUCUGCUAUUGCUGGAACAUACGGACGGACGGCACUCCACUGGGCCGCAAGUCUUGGAGAUCUACCAGCAGUACAAAGUCUUAUUUCUCAUGGCUCAGAUGUUGAUGCAAAGACGACUCAAGGAAGCUGUCCCUUGCAUCUAGCCGCCGACAAUGGGAAUGUCCAAGUUAUCCAGGCGUUGCUUGAUGCCGGUGCCAGCAUCCAAGGUGUCGAUGGUCAAGGAUGGACCUCAUUGCAUGUUGCGUGCAGAAGAGGACACGAAGGGGCAGUGCAGCUUCUGAUCGAGCGCGGUGCAAACAUGGUCUCGAAAUGCAACCAGGGUCACGCUCCUUUACAUACCGCAUCUUUUUCUGGGCAGCACAAGGUUGUCAAACAGCUUCUCGCACAUGGAGCAGACAUCAAUGCGACCUCUACCGAGAUGGGAAGAAGCGUUCUCGACUAUGCUGUGGGCGCCAAUUCUGUAGCUACCGCCCAAACCCUUCUGGAGCACGGUGCUAGCAUCGAAAGUUGCGACAUGAGUGGCACAACACCGCUGAUAGCAGCAGUUGUUUACAACGCCAUAGAAAUGGCUAGCUUCCUUCUCGACCACAACGCAAAUAUCGAAGCAUCAAACAUCAAUGGUAAAAGACCAUUGCAUCUAGCUUCUGAGAAGAACUUUGGACAGAUGACGCAACUCUUGAUUGAAAAGGGUGCAGAUAUUGAGGCUAGAGCAGAUUCGAGAGACAAUGAUGAUCAGCUCGUAGUAGAAGGUCUGACACCAUUGUUAGUGGCUGCUAGAUUUGGGAGAGUUGAGACUUUCCACAUACUUGUGGAUCAUGGUGCCGACGUCAAUGCAAGCAGUGCUGGCUAUAAUGGCAUACACUUGGCUACUGUUGGACAGGCCAAAUCUCUGAUAAGAUUCUUUGCCCAGAAAGGGGUGGGCAUUGAUGCUCGGAGCACGGACGAAGGAAACACAGCACUCAUCAGAGCUGUCCAAGAUGGUUACCCUCAGAUUGUUUCGUUACUGAUCAAACUGGGUGCCGAUGUGAACGCAUCCAACAACAUCGGCUGGAGUCCUUUACACUUUGCGGCCGAAAACGGCUUUAAAGAUGUCAUCGAAAUACUCUUGAAGGCUGGAGCUAACCCAAUUGCCGAGAAACUUGAUGGCAAACGACCAAGAAUGAUCUCUUGGGAAAAACAACACGAUGAAGUGACAACCAUGUUAGACGGAAGUGUUCCAAUUUCGCUCGACGCGCGAAAUAAGUCACGGGCUCGAACCCUAUCCUCACUCUUCUAUGCUGUAAGAAACGGUCAUUUGAACAAGGUUUCUCACAUGUUAGAUGAGGGAAUUGACAUUAAUUCGCUAGACGCUGAUGGACGAAGCCCUCUGUCCCUUGCUGCUGAACAUGGGUGGAGUGACAUUGUCCAUAACCUGACAGGCAGGAAUGCCGACUCGAACAUACAGGAUAAUUAUGGUGAAUCACCACUUUGGUGGGCAUCAAGAUAUGGUCAUGCCAUGAUUGUUGAGCAUCUCCUGGAUAAAGGGGCACAUUUCGAUAGCCCGGACACAGAUGGCCAGUCACCCCUCUCUGUCUCAUCACAAAACGGACAUUUAAAAACUGCCAAAAUUCUGUUGGAACAUGGAGCCAAUCCCAAUUCAUCUACCCACUAUGGAAAAACACCCCUGCUCUUUGCAGUCGACAACAAACAGCUGGAUGCGGUGAAGCUGCUCCUAGAAUCCGGAGCUGACAUCAACUACAAUAGUCCACAAGGGGAUACAGCGCUAUCGUUGGCAAUCGAGCAAGGGUUUGACGAUAUAGUGAAUACUCUCAAAGCUCAUCCGAACUUGAUCAUGAACGAGCCAGAGGUUAGGGUGAGAUCAGAAAGUGCAACACCUCCACCCUCGAGCCCCAUUGAACUCAUUCCCGACAUUUUCCUAAAACGCCAUUCGAUGUUGAUAGAUGCUGUACGAAAGGGUCAACUCGCCAUGAUCAAACGAUUGAUCAAAGCAGGAGUCGACCCAAAUGCCUCUUUCGGCCGCGAAAAUCCUCUCUAUGAAGCUGCCACCCGCGGACAGCCUGAGGCAGUAGCUAUCCUUGUCCAGCAAGGAGCAGUUCUCGAUCCGGAUGAUGGAUUUCGCAGCCCCUUGGUAGCUGCAGCGUCUUAUGGCUUUACGAGCACAGUUAAGUUGCUUCACAGCCUUGGAGCCAGUAUUGAGGCGGGUCAAGAAUGGGGUCAAACCGCCUUGGCCGAAGCCGCACAAAACGGGCAUGAGGCAACUGUAGCGUUACUUCUACAAAUUGGUGCAAAGACCGAAGUCAAGGGCGACUAUGGUAGAGUGCCGCUAUGGAAUGCCACUAGGAACCGACAUAUAAACACUGUAAAGCUCUUGGUCGAACACGGAGCUAAUACAGAGGCCGCUGACCAUUACGGCUUCACCCCUUUGAUGGUAGCUGUGCGGAAUGGAGACAGAAAACUUACCGAGUUUUUUCUUGAGAAAGGGUCCCAGAUGAGACCAGAGUCUCAGCAAAACUACUCGCCUUUAUGCUGUGCAGCUGCCAAUGGCGACGAAGCCAUCGUGGAUUUACUCCUUGACCAUGGGGCAGAUGUGGACUACUUUUCGGAUGGAAAGUGCACCGCACUACAUAUUGCAACAGCCCGUGGUAACCUCAUGGUCAUGAAGAUGCUGAUAGAGGCCGGUGCAAAUGUUGGUUUGAAGGACGGCGAUGGCAGAACUGCAUUGUCAUUGGCCAAGGAAGGUUCCAACGAUGCCGCAAUGAGAUUACUAUGUCGAGCUAGCAGUUUACGACGAGACAGUCACAGGGAACGGAGAAAGGCGGAUGAAGAGGAUUUCAACACGAAAGACUACUAUCAUUACCAGCCCCUCAUGAUGAGAGAUUCCAUCCGCAUCAUUGAGUUAUAUCCAGGCAACCCCGGGGACAUAAUGGAAUUCGAACUGGAAGAAGUUUCACUGGCUUCUAAAACCCCCUUCGAAGCCCUUUCUUAUGAGUGGCAAGAAAGAUAUGGGACGAUACCAGUUCAAUGCGACGGAAAGAAGAUCCUCAUCACCCCCAAUUGCAAAGCAGCCAUGGAAAGACUUCGGUUACGGGAUAAGUCCAGAUACUUGUGGAUAGAUGCUAUAUGUAUCAACCAGACCCACGACCAAGAACGAAAUCAGCAAGUCGCCAUAAUGGGAGAGAUAUAUCGAGCUGCCGACAGAGUCAUCAUGUGGCUAGGAGAAGAAACAGAAACUAUCGAAACAGCUUUCGAUUUACUGCCAAAAGUGGCCAGAGCACAACGUGCGCUUUUGGAGGAAGCCGGGGGCCUGCCAGUUGAGGAAGGGUCGGCAGAAGAAGUAGAAGACCCUGGGACUUUAUUGAACAGUAUGUUCAAGGAACAGGAUGUGAUGGAUGCCUUUGAUGAUCUGAUGCAGCGAACAUACUGGACACGAGCUUGGAUCCUUCCAGAGAUCGUAAUCGCAGGCACCAGAGGCAUCGCUAUGUGUGGCAACAAAUCCUGCGAUUGGACGACCCUGAAAUAUGGGAUGCCUAUCUACAAAUUUUGUAGGUUUGGUCAGCCACCCAUUAUCUUCAAUAGCGGUCUGGUUGGCGAAGUAGGACCAGAGGCUGAAAUGCUUUUUGAAGAUGUCGUUUUCAUACUCCACACUUUGGAAGCUACUGACCCUCGCGAUAAGAUAUUUGCAUCGCUGGGACUUGUAUCACAGAAACGCAUGUCACUUGGCAAGAAACUAGUGGAAAGCCCUGUUGCUGACUACACAAUGACCAUACAGCAAGUCUUUGUACAUGCUGCUCGUUACAUGAUUGAUGUGGGUGGUAUUUUCUGGGCCUGGAGGCUGGGCAUCCAGCGCAGCACAAAGGACAUUGAUAAUUUGCCUUCAUGGGUUCCUGACUUUAGUCGAAGACCUGCAAUUGCAGAAAUCAACCCAUUCAGAGACGUCAAGCCAUCAUGCAAAUUGGAUAUCAAGGAGGAUCCAGUGACUACCGAGACAUCUCUGCGAAUUAGUGGCUGCAUUGUUGACAAGAUUGUGUUCAAAUUGACAUUGAGGAGAGACCUUGAGAUCUCAACCAUUCUUUCGCUAGUGGUCGAUGCACUUGCAAAGACCGACCGCAGCAUAUACGGCAGGUAUCCGGUCGGGGAAGGGUUUAAUGUCGAAAACAACAUCGAAUGUUCAGGACAGGGGAGCGGUGCUGAGGGCUCGUUGAUGAAAAACACAAACGCAAUGUCACUUUUCACCACCAUUACCUCUUUUGAAGACAGGUUGGAUAAGGAGGAUAACAGACCGACACCGCAAAGAAUAUUACCCCUUCUGACUGGAUACCUUAUCUGGGCACUCUCUAUGAACAUGGACACGCCGGGACUGUCAAAAACAGUACCAGACUACGUCGAACGAUAUGCAGAGAUGUGGACUAAAGAAUCCGAUGGUAACGAGUCUCUUGUCGAUUUUGAGUUGGAUAAUCUCAAGCUUGUGGAAGAUGUGUUGAAGGUAGACAAAGACCUGAUUUACACAGAGAAUGGUUACUUUGGUCUAACAAACCCUGGCGAAGCAGAGGUUGGUAUGGUGGUAGCGGUAGUUGGCACAGAUGCUAUUUUGCGGUUAUUGAGAAAGAAGGAGGAUACAGCGCCAUUUUAUGAAUACGUGGACAUGGUUUUCUUGAACACUAUGGGCCAGGAAGUCGAUAAGCUGGAACAGAUGUUCCCAGAUGUCACCCCUGAGAGAUUAGAGAUACGAUAG